GCGAACCCCACGUCCUGGCCUUUUGCCCCAGCUCCGGGUUCCAGGCUGGAGUUCAGUGGGGUCCAGUCCGUGUCUUACAGGGGGUGGUGUCGUGCUACCUGUCUGGCUGCGGCGCUGCAUCGGCGUUUCCAGGGCCUCGACAGCGCCCAGACACCCCAAAAUUAGCCCUGCAAACGUUGCCUCUCGCUCGCCUCCUCCACGCCGCUGCGCUACCCUUCCCCAACAGCGAGGAGCGCGAUUCAUAUAAUUGUCCGGGCCCUGCUCCACCAUCAAAACCAGCCUGGUUUCUUCUCGUCUUUUGUUCCUCUUGGCUUUUCUUCGUCUUGUCUAUUUCCAAUUCUGCUUGUGUAUUCUUGCAUUGAACAGACAUCUUCAACCAACAACACCCCGUUUGCAGAACAUACCAGGCUUCUCCUCGCCUCGCCUUGCCCCCCAGCCCCAGCCUAGCAGCGUAUAUAUCGCUCGCCCUCCCCAACAAGCAACAACCAACACAUAACCAACCCCCAAAAACCCACUCACAAUGGCCAUUCGCGAUCGUGUCCGCCGCGCCCUGCGCAAGUCCGAGGCUUCUGAUGCCCUCUCGCAGACAGAGUCCAACGGCACCACCUCCACGGCCAACACCAGCCAGUCCUCCCAAGGCGGCUCGCCAAAGAAGAGCUCGUCCAAACUCUCCCGAACAUGGACCUUUGGCUCCCGCGACAAGACCAAGGACAAGAAGCGAAUGCAUCCCAGCGAGAAGCCUCUGACUGCCCAAAAUCUCCGCCACCAGGAAAUGCUCAGCGGCUUCACUAUGACUUUUGGCGCUUCGGAUCCGGAUCAGAUUGAGAGCGCCUCCUUCAUCGGCAUCAGCCCGUGCUGCACAAGAGCAGGCAGCCGCCGUGGCUCCAUCAACCUCGAUUCUCUCACUGACGAUCUUUCCUCUCUCACCACCGCUUAAACAAAAAAGUUUUUUUGUUUUGUUUUUUUUUCUAUUGCAUAUACAUGCUUACUGCAUAUACAACAACACCAACACUGCUCUUCAAGAGUGGUUCUCUCUCUCUACUCGGGCUCUCCGGCUCGCUUCAUUCUCCGCAGCAGCCGUAGCCUCCGCUACAUGACUAUCACGUCCGCCACGAACACACACACGUCAGCUAUUCUUAUUCAUCUAUUUCCAACUACGGCAUAGGAUCGGAUUUUGUUAGAGGCUUGGUUCAUAUUUUUCAAAACACUGGGAAGCGCUCCAACACAGUUACCAAGUCUCUUUUUGGGUUUUGCAACAACAAUACAGGGAUUAUUUAUUAUAUUGGGAGUAUCUUCGGUCUUUUUAAACUUUGAUGAGAGGCGUUACAAGCAGGUUGGAUGGAAACAGGCAUCCUCCGCCCAAAAAAGGAACAGAUUUUUAGAUUUAGAAAAACACUCUAAAUGGAACUCAAUCUAAUCAUGAAAUCACACUUUUUGCAACGUGAUCCGGGUCUUACCGCCAUGCCUGCCACAUGCCACUCACGCCUGAUGUACCGAUGAAUCACUGCCAGCCAG